AUGGAAGAACUAACAGAAUACGAAUUUUCUAGAUUAAGUGCUAGCGAAAAAGAAAAAUAUCUUAAUGAUUUAUUAGGAGACGAAAAUGAUCCAGAAAAUAUUUAUUUAUCGGACAGUGACGAUGAUGAAUAUUUUCCAGAAGAUCAAUGUCCGAUUUCGGACACUGAGGAAACAACUGAACAACAACUUGAGCAAUCAGAUUAUGAAGAUAAUCAAAGUGACGAUGAAGAAGUAGAGAACGAAGUUGAACCACUGGAGGAAUUUAUGCUGGGAAAAGACAAAACCGCAUGGGCUCGAAAACCAUUUUAUAGACAUCAAACUGCGAGAUGCAAUGUUUUGAGGCAAAGAAGUGGUCCACAUAAAAGUACGGAGUUGUUAUCAAUGUCUCAUACAUUUCAAAAAAUUUUUACUGCUGAAAUGGUUGACAUCAUCGUGCGCCAUACAAACGCCAAAGCUAUUUCAACAUAUGCAACAUAUAAUGAGGACAAUCCGGAUAAGAAGCAGCUAAAAUGGAAUAAUUUAACGAGUCAAGAGUUCCGUGCAUUUUUAGGAGUGUUGAUUAUGUCUGGUGCAAACAAUUCUAAUGCCGACCAUACAACGGAAAUGUGGCGUCCAAAUUCGUAUCCAUUAUAUCGUGCAUCGUUUGGACUCGGUCGAUUUUGGAAUAUUUUACGAUUUAUUCGAUUUGAUAAUGCCCACACUAGAGCUGAUCGUUUGAAAGAAGACAAAGCUGCUCCUAUAGCAGACAUAUGGACUAUGCUCAAUAGGUCGAACCCGUUUUACACAAUACAUGCCAUCGAAACCCGCAAAGUAUGGUGGAUAUGUGAUUCAAAAAAUGCGUACCCACUUAGAGGACUUAUUUAUACUGGAAAAUCAAAGGAUGGACGCGAAAUAAAUCAAGGAGAACGAGUUGUGAAAGAAUUGGCUGCUCCAUACAAAGGGUCUGGUCGAAACAUCACUAUGGACAACUUUUUCACUACCUUGCCUUUGACAAAUUUUCUUUUGUCAUGGAAUCUCACUACUGUAGGCACACUACGAAAAAAUAAAAAAUAUAUUCCAGCUGAAAUGAUGCCAUCAAAAAUACGUGAUGAAUAUUCUACGGUGUUUGGGUUUCAAAAAAAUUCUACACUGUGUUCGUAUGUACCAAAAAGAGGCAAAGCAGUUAUCAUGUUGUCUUCAAUGCAUUAUGAUAAUACUGUCUGCGAUGAAACAAGAAAAAAACCCGAGAUUAUAAAGUAUUAUAACUCAACAAAAGGUGGUGUUGAUAGAAUGGAUCAAAUGAUCGGACGAUAUACCACACAACGACAGACAAAUCAAUGGCCCCUUGCAUUUUUUUUCAAUAUCAUUGACGUGGCCAGUCUUGCAACCUACAUAAUUUAUUAUGAAAAUAAUAAAAUGAUACCAAAAAAAACCAGCCAACGCCGAAUAUUCUUACGUCAACUGAGUGAAGAACUCUGCAUGCCACAUAUUCAAGAAAGGUCUCAAAACUGUCAAAUUAUGAGACACUUUUCAACUAAAAUGGCAAUUGAAAGUAUUUAUAGAUUACCUAUCAAAUCGACUCAAACUUCUGAAACCAACGUACCAAUAAAACAGCUAGAUUCCACGGGACGUAUAAAAGUUGUUGGCUGUUGUAAAAUGUGUUUGAAUGGAGAAACGAGAAAACGCAGAAAAACGCGAAAAUCAUGUGUAAAUUGUAAUGAACCAGUAUGCGAUGAACACUCAAUAACUAUUCAUAAAUGUGGUAACUGUAGACAGUUGUAA